AUGGGUAUUAAGGGAAUCCGUACUGCUUUAAAGGUCGAUCUCAAUAAGCCUGCGCGUGAACAGCCUGGCUUACAUAACAGAUGGCAUCCGGAUGUUCCGGCAUAUGGAACAAUCGCCAACAAUGAAGUUGUAAAGAUCGAAUGUCUCGAUUGGACAGGAGGCCAAAUUGGAAACAACGACUCAGCCGAUGAUAUUAAGAAUGUAGACCUAACCCAAAUCCAUUACCUGUCCGGUCCAUUCGAUAUUGAAACCGCAGAGCCCGGCGAUGUGUUGCUCGUCGAGAUUCAGGACGUCCAACCAUUCGAAGACCGACCAUGGGGAUUCACCGGGGUCUUCCACAAAGAGAACGGAGGAGGUUUCCUAGACCAGCUUUAUCCUGAUGCGUAUGCUGAUAUUGCAAUUGUGAUACAAGUCAAUGCUAACGGGUACUACAGAGCUAAGGCAAUUUGGGACUUUGAAGGAAUCUUCUGCUCCUCUCGACACAUUCCACAUGUUCGUUUUGCGGGACUAAUUCACCCCGGAAUCUUGGGGUGUGCUCCAUCGGCCGAAAUUCUGGCUGAGUGGAAUCGUCGAGAGGGGGAGCUGAUUGCGAUCAACACUGUUGCUGAUCGAAUUGUCGCUCAGCCACCGAAUCCCCAGAAUGCUCAUGCUGGCAGUGCUACCAAUGACAUGAAGAGCAAGAUCGCCAACGAGGGCGCUCGAACUAUACCAGGCCGCCCCGAGCACGGAGGUAAUUGUGAUAUCAAGAACCUGUCGCGCGGAUCGAAAAUUUACCUCCCCGUCCACGUGCCCGGUGCCAAAUUUUCUGUCGGGGACCUGCACUUCUCGCAAGGCGAUGGCGAGAUCUCAUUCUGCGGAGCCAUUGAAAUGGCCGGUGUAAUCACGUUGAAGUUCACAGUCAUCAAGAACGGCAUGGCAAAACUAGACAUGAAGUCACCAAUCUUCCAUGCAGGACCCGUAGAGCCGCAGUUUGGCCCUGGGCGAUACUUGACGUUUGAGGGAUUCUCUGUCGACGAGAAUGGAAAGCAGCAUUUCUUGGAUGCAACUGUCGCCUAUAGACAGACCUGCCUCCGAGUUAUUGAGUAUCUCCGGCGCUAUGGCUACAGUGAUUAUCAAAUAUAUUUGCUGCUCAGCUGUGCGCCAGUGCAGGGGCAUAUUGCCGGUAUUGUGGAUAUUCCAAAUGCUUGUACCACGCUUUCGGUGCCAAUGGAUAUCUUUGAUUUCGAUAUUCGGCCGGAGGCGGAUGUGGUUAAAAAAGAGAUGGGAGCUUGUGCAUUCGUUACAAAGUAG